UCUGCGGGGAACCCCUGCUCCAGAACAUCCUCUUAUAAGAUUUAGGAGACCUUGGCCAAGAAUCAGCCAGAAUCACGAGCGGUGAGAUCUUCCCAUUCCUUGUUCUUGGACACGCUUUCCGAGCGUUGCCUUCAGAGAUCAAACUUCAAACUCAAGCCGCGCUGCGUCGCCGGCUGUUUCCCCGCCCAGGCGAAGGGCCGGGCAGAGCAUCACAUGUUUCAGGUCAGGCGGACCGAGAGGAGAACCCGCCUCUUUCCCUAGGAAGGUUGAAGGAAGGGGCGCGCGCCGUCAAUCAAUGAGCGGCCAGCUGAGAUCCAGAGGGGGUUGUGGCGUCGCUGGACUCACGCCCGCCAGCCUCCGACGGGAGACCAACCGACCAUGGCAGCUCUUCUGAAGAGCCUGCUUGCAGCCUCAGAGAAGGCAGCCAGGAUUGCCCAGCUGUGUCGCCAAGAAGAAGCCCUCUUUAGCUUGCUCAUUGAGGAGAAGACAGGCGUGGACAAGAACAAGAAGUUUCUGCAGGACUUCAAGACUUUGGCAGAUGUGCUGAUCCAAGAAGUCAUCAAGCAUGAUGUGGGAAAGAAGUUUCCAGAACUGCAAGAUCAUAUUCGUGGGGAGGAGUCCAACAAAUUUGAAAACGGCCUUGGGGAGACGGUGGUGGUGCAGGUUUGCCCAACCCAAGAAGGAACAGCUGCCCUCCUGCAGAAGGUCCUGGAUCGGAAGCAGACAGCUGCUGAGCUCCUGGCUGCCACCGUGCAUCAGGAGGUGGUGCUUUCAGACCCGUCCCUAGAGGAGGUGUCUGUGAUGGUCUCCCCAGAGAACCUGGCAGUGUGGAUUGAUCCCAUAGAUUCCACCAAUCAAUACAUUCGUGGGUGUGGCAAUGUGCAGCCCGUGGACGGCAUCUUUCCAUCAGGACUGCGCUCUGCAUUGGUGUUGAUCGGGGUAUACGACCGGCAGUCGGGCCAACCGGUCCUAGGCAUCAUUAAUGAGCCCUUCUUCCAAGAAGAGCUGCCAACACACAGGUGGCAAAGCAGAUACCACUGGGGCCUCUCCUACGGCAGCACCAACUUGUGCUCGCUCAGCCGGCCCCCACUGCAGCCUUCCCCGCGUGUGGUGCUGAGCAGCAACGAGAAAGAGGCCCUGCAGAAGACCUUGGCUGCUCUCUAUGGGGAGAGGCUCUGCUUCGCCUCAGGGGCUGGCUACAAGAUGCUGUGCGUAGCCUUGGGCCUGGCUGACGCCUACGUGCUCUCAGAGGGCAGCACCUUCAAGUGGGACUCCUGCGGGCCCCAUGCCAUCCUGCGGGCCCUCGGUGGAGGGAUGGUGGAUCUUUCGGGGGCCUUGCAAGCCUGGCGGGCUGGGCAACGCAAGCAGCUGCCUGAACUGACCUACAACAAGCCCAUCGAAGGCUCUCUGGGUGCUGAGCGCUGGGCCAACCAAGGGGGCCUUGUGGCCUACGUCUACCAUGAGCAUCUAGAGGCUGUGCUGGCCACUCUGGCAGCGUCAGCAGAUGAUACCUUCUGAAACUCCUGCCCUGGAGGGUGGGGGCGUGUAGCUUGGCCAGGGCAUUUCUCUCUCUCUCUCUCAGUCUCACUCUCACUCUCGUAGGAGAAAAAUGAACCAGUCACUAGGCAAGGAACUUUAUGACUCCAAUUUCUUUGAUUCCUGUGGGGACCAGUCAGUUUAGGUUAUUGGUACAAUAGAGGCAAUAUGGCAGAAUGGGAUAUGGUUGUCAUGAAUGCUGGACCCGUGCCAUUUGCCUUUUCUCUGACGAAUCAUUGAAAAUUGUACCUCCAGUGUAGAGGGGGCACUGAAGAUGGGGUGCGUGUCCUAAAUUGCCCCCGUCUUUCCUGGUGUGUUGGUCCUCUUGCACGGGUAAUAAGCAUUGUGGGAAGCACAGGAGAGAUCCGGUAAGAGUGUUGCAUCAUUUCCAUUCAUCGUUGCUCCGACCUUUACUGCCUCUGGCAUCUCACGGAGUGUGAGGUGCCCGUCUCAUCUUUGUCUCCUCAAGCCAUUUGCUGCGCAGCCAGACAUUCGUGGGGGCUUCUGCCUCUCUACCUGAUGCACAAUAUCUGGCUUAUGGAGCUUUAUAUUUAAUACAAUGAAAGAUAGGCCAGUAGCACCCUUGAGCCUCUGCUUAGAAUAUGGAUGGGAAAGGAGAGCCCACCCUCUCUCAAGAUAUUCUGUAAGAAAAUAAGGUCAGUUACAAUGAGGUCACUAAAGACUAGGCAGUCAUCAGAUCCCUUCUGUUUCCUUGAGGAGUGUCCAUACCAGACCUUUACUUGCCUGUCUUUGAGGACAUACCCCUUUGAUGGAGUAGUUCUGUGGUAGAUAAGGUGAGUGCUAGGAUGGGGAUGGCUUAUGGAAAAUUCCUUCAGAUUCUUUGGAAGGAGUCGUAUGAAUCGAACAAAUGUAACAUCGACAUAGGUAGGUAAUGGGAAUAUACCGUAAUCUGUGUUCUGGGAAUCCCAGAGCUUCCCUUCCCUGUCAAGUUGGGGUUGAUGUUUUGUGAUUUUGUAGGUCCAGAAUUUUGUGCACGCUCAAUGAAGCAGAUGCCCUAGAAUGUCUUUUAUUUCCAAAGCAGCAGCCCUUCGUGACUUUUGAAUUCUAUCUUCAAAACAGGCAGCGCUCAGCAAGAGUUCAGAGAGCAGAAAAGAAAGCCUGGCCAUCUGCCGUCCAGUCCUUGCUCCACAGCUGCUGAGAUCUCAUGGUUGCAGCAAAGGCGUGGGCAGACAUCAGCUUUGUAGGAUUUAAUUCGUUAUUUUAUUAUUAGAACCCCCUAAGUCCUAGCAGGGCUAGGUGCCAAACGGCGGGUCUGAAGUGCAGGGAGGAAGCCAUAUGCUGUUAGAAGUAGAGAACAGGUUGUCGGCUCAGCUCAGGAAUUUGUUUUCAGUGGCAGAACUGAUUCCUCAGUCCUGACUCACUCACUCACUCAGACACGCGCAUGCAUGCAUGCACUGUACGUCUGAAUCUAAUUUCUCUCCCAAGCCGUCUUACACUGUGAUCAGGUGAGGCAAUGCCCCAUAUGUGGGGCCACCUGUGCUGCCAUCUAGUGAAAGCCUUCCCUGGCAGUCACACAAUGUAUGGACCAUAGCCAUCCAUCCUGACCUCAACCCGUGCCCAUGAUGAAGCUUUUUGGUCCAGUGGCAGGGCUACUGGGUUUGUUUUGGGGAGGGAGGGGAGAAGCUAGAGUGAUUCCUGCCUGGAAAUAUGGUCCUGCAUAUGUUUAUUCAGAAGUAUUCGUGAAGGCUUUUAUGGCCGGGAUCUAAUGGUUGUUGUGGGUUUUUCGGGCUCUUUG